CAACAUGGCUUUUUCCACUCCGAGCAAUGAGAGCCAGCAAUUCCUGGACAUCGGCUGUGGCACGGGAGACUUCACACUAGAAUGCAUUUUGCCCACAUGCAAUCCACGUAGGAGGAUUGUGGUAAUCGAUUACUCGGAAAGCAUGCUCAAGCACGCCAGGGAGAAUCAUUCAAGCGAGAAUAUUUUAUACGAAUACCUGGAUAUUAACAACGACGUUGUGGGCUUCUUGAAAAAGAACGGUACAUUCCAGCGGGUGUACUCCUUCAAGACUCUGCAGUGGUCACAAGACCUGCGCUGUGCUUUGAGCAAUAUCGCUGAUCUGCUCUUGCCUGGUGGCGAGUGUCUCCUGUACUUCUUCGCUAGGAACUUCUUAAAGGAAUCCUUCAAGCACUUGAGCCGUAUGAAGCGUUGGUCCAAAUAUGUCGAUGUGCUUCUAGGAGGCAUACCACAGAGUCACGACAUAAUCGACCCAAAGGGGCAGCAUGGGUACCUGUCUGCAGCCCUCUCCUCGGCAGGCCUCAUUCCUUACACCGCCGAAGUGCUAGUCAGUCCCCAUAUAGCAGGAAUACCAGGUGCUUCUUAUGAAGGAUUUUUUGAGAUAGCAAACCUAAGCUACUCACCCCUAAGUGAAAAUGAGAAGUCCGACUUCCUGGAAACGCUGUCGACCCACCUACCCGACUGGCAAAACCUGUACCGCAAGAAAAGUGGCCCAGUAAUGUGGUCUGCGUUCCUUGUCCACGCGAGAAAGCCCGAGACGUCCUGACAUCUGCAAUAAAAUAAAAGGCGACGCU